AUCGCAGCUGUACGCCCGGAAUAACGUCGAGGAAGGAGAAACAAUAUUUUCCCUCUCAGUUUUAUUAUAUCUCGUGAGGAUGAUGUUUGUCUGGUUGCUGAUGUUGUUUGCCGCUUCCACGGUGGCUGCAAGAAAAGGCUUCAACAAGGACGACUGGAGCGUCUACCACAACACCGGGGCUUUCUGCGACACGAUGGUGGCGUCCACGACCGUCAAAAAACCUUACUUGGAAUCCUGCCUGAAAUUCUGCCACAACUACGUCAUGGAGUUCUGUAUGGUGGAAAUAAAGGAAAAUAAGGGAAAAUGCCUUGCAAGUGCGAAAUGCGACAGCUUCCGUCCUUCAAAUACCCCGAAGGAAUCGUUUGUUAUUUACAAGGGGCCAGCGUACGGAGGUGGCAAAUGCACAAUCCCGGAGCGCUUCCAUGGCGACUGGUGGGUGUACGAAGGGCCAAUGGCUUUCACGAUGAAGGGUAAAGAGCUCAACAUCUAUGAGAACAACGGGGCCGACACCAAGAAGUUCAGAUGUGAAUUCCAAACGAAUGACGUUGUUUUAUUGAAGUACACGGAAAUGGUGAAGAAGGAUGGAAAAGUUGAGAAGCCCAAAGUCUGUUGCGACUUUUACGUUUGUUUUAGGAUUUCUAGAUUCGGAGCUGGGAAUCUGAAAGUCGAGAUAAUAACAAAUAACAGCCAUGAUGAAUCAGGAAUGUAUCUUGUGCCCUACACAAAAGGAAUAACAAUGGGCGAGGUCUGCAGUGGUAAUGUGAGCGAAGUUCACCUCCUUAUGGACAGACCAUCACCGGCCAUGCAGCCAGCAAUCGAAGGGGAAUUAGGUGUCGAGUAGGCCGAAAAGGAAUGAGCUUUGCCCCUAAUGGUAGCAUCUAUAACAAGUUGGAAAUGGUGAACGGCAAAUAAAACUGCGAUUUGCUUCUGUUGA